GAACAUUUUUCAGUCACUGGCGAAGUCCUUGAAGGAAGAAAAGACUUUCCAUGCUACUCGCUAUCUCGUGACAAUUACACUUGUAGCGCUUGCAUCCAGUUGCACGAUUCCUGUGCCUGGUGCGGAGCUCCAUUGUUCGAUGCAAAGAAACAAUACGCCAGAUGUGAUAAUCGUGCACGACUUUUGGAACAUGGCUGUCCCAGCUCUUUCAUUGAGGAUCCGCAAACAGUUCUCGAAGUGGAGAGGGAUGAACCUCUUUCCGAUAAGGGAAAAGUUGAGAACGAAGAUGAUGCAGUUCAGCUGAAGCCGCAAGAAAUGUUUGUUGAAAUCAGACCAAAGUCACGUGUUCGUUUCAACGUCACUUACCGCCAAGCUGUCGACUAUCCAGUUGAUCUCUAUUACCUCAUGGAUUUGUCAUAUUCAAUGAAGGAUGACAAGCAGAAACUUUCUGAGCUUGGAGAUUUACUUGCCGUCCGCAUGCGCAAUAUAACGAAGAACUUCCGCCUAGGAUUUGGUUCUUUCAUCGAUAAGAAGCUCAUGCCGUUUAUUGAUCCAAGGAUUGAAAAGCAAAAGUCUCCUUGUGCGGAGCCGUGUGCAGAACCUUACGGUUUCAAGCAUCAAAUGACUCUCACUACUAACACGGAGAAGUUCAAGGCGGAAGUCGACAAAGCCGAAAUUUCUGGUAACCUCGAUGCUCCAGAGGGUGGGUUCGAUGCAGUAGUACAGGCUCUAGCGUGCAGUCAGAAAAUUGGUUGGCGAGAGCGUGCUCGUAAAAUGCUCGUUUUCUCUACAGAUGCAGGCUUCCAUUUUGCUGGUGAUGGCAGGCUCGCUGGUGUGGUUGAACCGAAUGACGGCGAAUGCCAUCUUGACCGAGAGGGUUACUACACGGAAACUCUGAAGCAGGACUACCCCUCCAUCGCAUUACUUCAUCAAAUGAUCAAGGAGCGUAAGGCGAACAUUAUUUUUGCCGUCACGAAGGGAAACCACGAUUUGUACUCUCAGCUUUCGGAAUCACUGCCGGAUGUGUCUUCUUCUGUUGGAAUUCUGGAAACUGAUUCUCGUAAUAUUGUCGACUGA